AGUCCUCAACGGGUUGUCGGACGUUAUAGAUGUAUCAUCGUUCGGCUUAUCAUCUUCGCGCAGGUCUCAGUUCAACAGGUUCAUGAGUUUCAGCCUGCAUAAAUCAACAUUCCUGACCGCGGGUGUAUUCUAACGAUUCUAACUUCCAAAGAGAGAAGAACAGUGGUGCGCUAUCAUUGCUUCGUCGUUUCGUUCGUGCCAUUUCGAAUGCAUUUGGGACAAGAGCCGCGCAGUUGGGUGUUGUUCUAGGCGCAUAUAUGCGCAGCAGUUCAUAAGCUUUGUUUCGGCGCAGACUACGGCUAUGCAGCUGAGCAGGUGAUUUGCGAAGAAAGACAUUUACAGCUCCCGCAGAUUAUAAUUAUCAUCGUCACGCGUUAAUGUGCCAUUGCAGUUAGAAGAAAUUUGAGUUCAACCGACACGAACGAUAUCUUACGAUGGUUAACAUUCGCGCCAUCGUUCUUAGAUUCAUUGUGAUCUUCCUUUACAUUUCCAUCGCCCACGCGCAGAGCAACAGAUGUUGUGAGGACUACUGCUACAGCCAUGAUAAUGACCGGAGCCAGUCAAAACAUUUUGCCACCAAAACUGCCUACGAAGUAAUCCACGGCUCGUCUUCUAGUCGGGAGCAUAUUGUUCCAAAUUGCAUUCCAUCUAAGCUUUGGAUAUUGAGUCGUCAUGGGACGAGACUCCCGGGAAAAAAGGAUAUCGAGUUUCUACCGAAGACUCUAAACAAUCUCCGUGAAUCCAUAUUGGACAACUACGAAAAUCGACGUACGGCUCCUGAUAUGGGUCGGAUGUGCCCGGACGAUUUGGAUCUGCUUAGAUCGUGGCGGUGGGAUCGGAACGUUACCGUUGAUCACGAAUCUUUUCUCACCGAUCAAGGAUGGAGCGAUUUGAAGUUGCUGGCCAGACGGGAGAAGGAUCGCUUCUACGAAGUUUUUAAUGGGCCUUAUGACAAGCAACGGUAUUUAUUCCGUCACACGAAAACGCAAAGGACCGAAGCCAGUUUCAAAGCGUUUGUGGAAGGAUUGUUUGGGGAUGGUGCGUACAAUUUCAUCAAUGCGGAGCCGGAGCCCAACGACGACACACUGUUAAAACCAUACGAUUUUUGCCCAGCAUAUGAUGCCAAUAAGGACAAGAACAAGCAACCAGAUUCUGAGUUGAACAAGUUUUUGAGGUCCCGCUUGUACCAGGAAACUUUGGGUGAUAUCUCGGCACGAUUGGGAUUCCGCUACAAUCUGAGCUCUGAUCAGGUUGAAGCCAUGUGGGAUGCUUGCAGGUACGAGCAGGCUUGGCAUCUACAACAAUAUAGCUCUUGGUGCAGUGUCUUCACCAAAACUCAAGUGAACAUUCUGGAGUACAAAGAAGAUCUUAAGUACUACUACCAGAAUAGCUACGGGUAUGAGAAAAGUUCGGACCUGGCUUGCUACGCGGUAGCCGACAUGAUGAAGCAUCUGGGACGUGCGGAUGGUCAACAAGUCGUUGCAUACUUUACGCACGAGUCGGAGAUUCAGAUUUUCUUGGCUGCAUUGGGUGCUAAGAAGGAUAGAGAGGCACUUCGAGCCGAUAACUUCUACGCUAUGCAGAACCGCAACUUCAGAUCUAGCGAGCUGACUCCGUUUGCCUCAAAUGUUGCGGUCGCCCGGUAUCAGUGUGCCGACCCGGUCGAACCGGUGAAGGUCAUUUUCUUCCUCAACGAGAAGGCACUGAUGUUCGACUGGUGCCGAGUUGGUUUGUGCAAUUGGUCGGAAGUGGCUCGCCGGUACGAGCGAUUUACCAAAGGAGACUGUGCUAAAAUGUACUGCGGUGGAAGUGGCGCCUCCAGCAGAACGAUGAAUUGGGCAGUCAUGAUGAGCGCUUUGGCCAUUGCGGCAGUUAUUUUAGUACAACGAUAGUUCUAGUAUAAGGAAACAGUAUUUGAAGCGAUAAUAAAUUAUUUUUAGAACGAA